AUGCCGCACAUCAUCUCUCGAACACCCAGGAUGGCCCAGAGCGGGCGUCCUUCAUGUCUGCCUGCAGGCAAGAACACCGCUUCGAGUGUCACUCGAGUGAUAGUGAAGACACCAGGCAAGCAGGAAGACUUUAUGAUAGCUGAUGACACCUCGGUGAGGCAGUUCAAGGAGAAGCUAUCGGCUCACUUUAAAUGCCAAGUGGACCAACUCGUGCUGGUCUUCAUGGGCCGCCUUCUCAAAGACCAUGACACACUGAGCCAGAGGGGCAUCCUGGAUGGCCACACCAUCCACUUGGUCAUCAAGUCCAAACACAGCUCCAGAUCCCUAGCCCAUUCCUCCCGGAAACCGUCGACCGAUGAGCCCUGCCACCAGGACAAAAACACCAAAGGAAACAGCAGUGGGGUACACCAACCUGCCGGUGCGAAUCACAGUCCAGUGGAAUCAGCUGUAUCCGCAGAGCCUGGCGUGCCCAGGGUGCAUACCCAGGGCCUGGAAGUGCUCAGUCUGGAGCGCAUAGCACAGAUACUGGAGAAUCCUGGCAUCCAGCAGCUUCUGUCUAACACAGACUUCAUGAGACGGUUGAUCUCAGAACACCCAGACAUGCAACAGUUGAUGCAGCAGAACCCAGAGGUCUCACACAUCUUUGACGAUUCUGAUGUCCUAUGGCAGACUCUGGAGCUGGCCAGGAAUCUUGCCGUGAUUCAGGAGAUAUUGCAGAUCCAGCAACCUGCACAGAAUCUCGAACAUCCAUCGGACCCACAGUCACAUGUGGGCUCAGAGACCACCCGAGGUGAAGACAAGGCCCUGAGUCAGAACUCCGCUGAUUUCAAUGACCAAAUGCUCAGUAGCUCACAUGAUCCAUUUGGGGGCAACCUUUUCACAGCUCUCCUGGGAGGACAAGUGCCAGAGCCGGUCCAGUCCUCACCCACAUCUCCACCACCACCGCAGGAGUGGCAGGAACAGCUCCCACAGCUCCCUACAGCCCAAGUCAUCUACGCCAGCUCUCGUGAUUUAUCUUCAACCGCCUCAGCCAGUGCUACCCCCAGCAAGGCAAACCAGACUUCCAGGGCCAAUACUGCCGCCAGCUCCACCUACGGCUGGAGUCAUACUUGUGACAUUGAGCAGCUAACUGGGGCACCAGCCAUACCCAGCAUAGAGCUCACCCAGCAGCCCCAGGCAGAAGACAAAGAUGCCACCACCUCUCUAGAUAGCUCUGAUCAGAAAUUAGAGGAUGACCUCCGGCUGCUGGAUGAGCAGACUGGCUCCCAGAUCGCCGGAAGCAUGACGCAGGUGCUGUUGAACAACCCCUCCCUGGCCGCCCAGAUGAUGCUGUGCAUGAGUAUGCCCCAGCUGAGUGAGCAGUGGAGGCAGCAGCUGCCCGCCCUUCCACAGCAGACACAGCUUUCUGAUAUGCUUACAGCCCUAGCCAACCCUAAAACGUCACAAGCGAUCCUGCAGAUCGAGCAGGGCCUGCAGCUGUUGGCCACCGAGGCUCCCGUUCUUCUACCUUGGGUUGCUCCCUACCUAUGGGGCCUGGGCUGGCUUCCUGCACCCAGCUGCAGCUACCCUGACACAGUGCCCGGGGCCUGGGAUGUGCCAGAUAUGGAGGAGCCUAAAGGGCCCGAGUCCUGCCACAAGUCUGGAACGGUCCUGCAGAGUCUACAAUCCCGAGCUGGAGACCCUUCCCACCUCCUGCAAGCCCCUGAGAUUCGUUUCAGCAAGCAGAUGGAAUCUCUGCAUGCCAUGGGGUUCGGGAAUCACCAAGCCAACUUGCAGGCCCUCAUUGCCACCGAGGGAGACACCAGUGCAGCCGUCCAUAAGCUCAGGAGAUCUCAGGGAUCCUAA